UUUAUCUUUGUCUUCAGAAUCUUAUUUGGUCUGUAAUUUAAUUUUAACUGAUGGUAUGAGAAUAUAAUUAAACACAUAAAUGAUAAGAUUGAAUUAAGAGAAAUGGAUCUCUGCAAAGGACUAUAACCAAAUUAACUUCUAUCACUAGCCAUCUCUCCAUUCUUCAACUAGCAUUAAUUAAACACCCACCCACCAUUUAUUUUUUUUGAUGAAUAAAAUUUAUUAAAGCCGAAGAAAAACGGCAAAAACAACACAACACGGGGAGCUUACGCCAUUAAAGGCUACGACUCCGAAAAGGGAAACAAGCUAAGACGAGAAAAUAUUUUCCGGUUUUCUAUACAAAUCUAAACCGGAAUAAAUUACCAGCUAAAUAGGACACGGUAAAUGUCAAAGACACCAUUUUUACAGAACCUUCUGUUCUGCUCUUAAAAUUAAAGUGGACUACUAUUUACCGCCCCAAAUUACUACCCACCGCCCCAAUUUUGACCAAACUACCCCUAAUCUUUUUUCAACUCAAAAAACAAAAAAACCAUCCUCUCAACUUCCUCUCAAACCAAAAUUCUCUAAAAUCCAUUACAAAAUCUCAAGCAAUAAUCGGAGCCGAUUUAUGUCGGAAUUGACGAAAGAUAAAAGACGGGGACCUCCGAAAGAAGGACCCGGUAAUGGUGGCAGGGGAAAGAGUAACCCUAUUAUAGCUGAAGCUGAUUUUGAGGAGUCGGGACAACGAAAUGUUCGAAAGCGUGGUGUGAGUGCCUCAGUCCGACGACACAAGAAGGGGGCUCCUGCUAUUGAGGGAGCUAGUGAGACGCCAGUCGAUGAUCAGAUACAGGAUGAUCGGAUGGAGGAUGAUUACAUGGAAGACCGCCGGAUAGACGAUGCUGAUUUUGAGACUUCUGAGGACGAGAGUUUAGGACCAAUCGUGAACAUUCGACGGAGAAAGGGGAAAGAUGGACGGUUUGUUGCUGAAACGUCAUCAGUGACGAGUAGAAGAGCCAGGACUGAAAUACCUGCUUGGACUGUUAGUGAUCCAGUGCCAGGUGGACCUGAGGACGGGAGUAUUAUUCCCAGUUUCCUUGGACAUGUCGCUUAUGGAAUAUGGACAGGGAAGGAGGAGCGAGGCACUCUGAAGUGUCAGAGUAGACAUGCAGUUUGUAAGAGGCUGUCAGCAUGGCAUCAUGACGCCUCAGACGAGGUCAAACACCUGAUAGCCGAGAGUGGUUUGGGGCAUCUCCCUGAUAUUAUGUUCGGUCACUUGGAUAUUCCGCUCCUUUCUGCAUUUGUGGAGCGAUGGCAGCUUGAUACUAACUCUUUUCACCUGCCAUUAGGGGAGAUGACCAUUACACUGCAUGACGUGUGGAUUAUUCUCCGUAUUCAUGUGAAAACAUGAAUUAAUGAUUUAUAAAGAUCUCUUGAAAAAUGACUUACUUUGUCGUGCAAAGGAACUUAUUACACCAUGAAUUAACUGUUAAAAAUAACAAUAUACAAAUGCAUUGAACAUGAGACAUUGUAAAUUAAUAAAGUAUUAAUUAGUAAUA